CUCGUGGGCAACUUUAAACGGCGGGUAACAAACAAUUGGAAGCUCUCUAGCAGACCGGGCGCCACCCACGCAGUGGAAUAUCGAAAAACGAUAAGUUCCUCGACGGUGAACUUUGACAGUCUACGAUUAGAACCUAGCCAGUAUUACAGUCGAAAGUUUCAAAGUGUGGACAGACAGCUAUCAACAAAUAACUAUAGUCGAGUGUUACACAGAAUUCUAUAGAAUAGGUUUUAAAUUAUAGAUGCCCGCUUUAGGAUACAGGCGUCUCUGAUAAGAUUUGAUAUCAAGACAAUCAAUUGAAGACAAUGACAGAUAAUAAUCAUUCUCGAUAAUACGAUAAUUUUUUACUAAGUAGAAGUGAUGUUACUUAAUUAUUAAGUAACUCACGUUUCUAGAGUAUAAUUAAGUUCAGUUUAAUUUACGAUGACCACGUCAGAUCUAAUGAAAAAAAGUCAUACUACAUAUGUAUAAAGAUUGUGAGAUUCAUCGUUGGAUAAAAAAUUGAAAGUUCAGUUUAAUUCAGAAUGACCAUGUUAGGCUUAAUGAAAAAAAAAGUUAUAAUACAUAUGCAUAAAGAUUGUGAGAUUCAUCGUUGGACAAAAAAAUUGAAAAAUCAGUCUGACGUCGAUAGUUCGAAGUAUAAAUACAGCUUCUCAGGAUAUGACAUAACCGAAUGCAAAUUGCUGGCUUGCGAUUGUGCUAUGAUCCAGCAAACAUGUGUAGGAUGUAAAGUACAUACAUAAAUGAGUACAUAAUGUUCGUGAUUGUACAUAGUUGCACGUCAGGGGUUUCUGUAUGUCAGGUGAACGUCAUAAUCAAUAUUUCUACGAAAAAGCCGUAACGAGCCGCUCCCACGUUAUGACGAAUAGGAGAAGACACCAGCCGAUUUUGUAAUUUGACUUUGACCCAAAUUUCGAAAGAAAUCCAACAGCAAAUUCUCAUUAAGUAUUGUGAAAAUGAACACGUUCGUUGUAAAUUAGUUCUUUUUUAGGAAGUUUUCCUUGCAAUUACGUAACAGUUUUGUUAUAUUGCCACAAUAGGAGCAUUAAUCAAACUGAACUAAGUUAAAAGUUUUACUGUUCAUUUUUAAAACACUUGAAAUUCUCCCAGAAACUUUGUUUUAUUAUCUACUUAACUGAUUGCAUAAAGUUUUGUUUUACUUUUAUUUUAUUUAAAUAAUAUUUAAUGAUCAUUUUUUUUUAGUAAUGAGAACAUAAUAGCAUAUCGGUUUGAAGGUAAAAUUGAUAUGGCAGGCGUUAAUGGAUCCGUGGAUGAAAUUAGAAUUUAAGUCGUCACACGUGCUAUUCAUUGUCACGAUUCUGUAUAAAACAACGUUCACAGUUUUUCACGUUUGAAGAUACUGUUGAAUUAAAAAGAUUCGCUUUAUGUAACAAUAUCAAUCGACUUUAAAGAGAACUUAAUUGAACAGUAAUUAACAAGUAGAAACAAGGUAUUAAUCACUGUGCAAUAGUUAAAUAUCAUGCCUAUAGUUUAAGCUUACAGGAAAUUGGAUGAGUUUCGAGGUCGUUUUGGAAAUUUACGUUCAUGGUCAAGAUUGAUAAAUUUCGUGUUUGAAAUAAUCUUAAAAAAUGAUCAACAUUCUUAUGUAACUGAAAGUUUUGAAAAAAUAGCUUUUAUACAAAUAAAGCUGAAAGCACAUUUUUAUCAUUACACAAUAAAAUUCUUAUUAAAGAAUUGGGAAAAUAAUGGGAGAUUAAAAUCGGUGGGUUACGCCAAUGCGAGCAGCACAUUAAACUUAUGUUCGCGAUAUCGCGAUGUUUACUUCCUCAUGAGUUUGGAGAGGGAGAGACAGGCUCGGCUGUCGAGUUAAAUCCUAUCGUUAGCCAGUAACGCACCGACACUUGUGUAAGCACGGUGCUCGCGGUCUUAUCUCACCGUCAAAAGUCAUUACACCUGCAACCACUCUAAACAUUUAGUAUUUUUACUUAAAAAAACCUAGCAAAUACUAAAUAGUUUCCAAAUAGAUAUUUCGUGUCCGCAAUAAUAAUAAAUUCUUGUGUGAACGUGUUGUAAAAGGAAAUAACGACCAAAGUUGUAAUAUCAUUGAGACUGAAACGAAGAUGAAUGGCGUCCAAGGAACAGCAAAGAAGACUCGUUAGCAUUAUUAACGUGUGGACAUGGUUGCCAAUCAUCAAAAUUAAAUUGCAAGUUAACUUGAACAGUGGAAGAGUAUUUUCAAUAGCAGUAUUCAUAAAAGAUCUCAACCUUGACCAAAGAAUUAUUUAUUCAAAUGACCAACCGUGAGUUUCCUUCACUUCCACUCAAAUUCCACUUAUAAAAAAGAAGGAUUAUCUCAAGGGAAACUCGUUUUUAAGUAAAAUAGGAUGGAAAAAGAACUCGAGACUGAAACAAGUCUCGAACAAGCAUAAUAUAACUCGAAAACAGAAAAAGUUAAGCUCGACAAGAAACAAGAAGAGCUGACAAGAAAUACUUUAAGAUAGAAGCGAUGAGAAAGAAACUUUCUCUGUUACUUAUCAGUUUUUUCAACAAUCCAGGGAACCAAACGAUAAAAAUGAUACCAACCAGCAGCAAAAGUAACUUGUAUAACAGCUUCCAGCCACAAUAAAGGUUCAGAAGGGAAGGCAGCCUUCAGAAUUUGGAACGAUGGACCAGGAACCGAUAAAUCGUACCGGAAGUGGGUUUUGGAAACGGGACAAGGUGGGCGACUCGUCCGAAAACUCUUUCACAAAACUGUCGAAGUUAUCCAACAAAACAACCUCGAGCGAGGAGUGCAACGAGAACAAAUGGAAAAAAUUCUGGGAUCAUCAUCGCGACAGAUUUUCUCACAAAGAGGAUUCCCCAAAGAACCGGUCAUUCGACGGUGAGGUGGACGCGAUUUUCAAAAGAGCGAUCCGAAACAAGCGCCUCGAUCGGUUAGACAACAAAUACUCCCGCUCUGAGGAGAGUCCAGAGAAAGACAUUGACAAAAAUGAUGAAAAGCAAAAUAUUGAGGCACCACCUAGAAAGAAGUCAAGUGCUACUCGCUUGAGAGAACUGAGAGAACUUCCUGCACCUGGCGACGAAGGAACUUUCAGAAAAAAGGAUCAGGAAAACAAUGAGGAGAUCCAAGAAGAAUGUGCCUCGGACGUUUCGAUAUGUUUGGAUGCAUCAGAGAGCAGAUUUUCUACACAGACGAACGACGAGAUGGCCACGUGUUCUGCGAGACGGUGGAGCUCGUUGGAGAAUCUGCGGGAUAAGAUGAAGAAAUCGGAGGAAUGUUCCUCUGUGAGAGGAAUAGAAGGCUUGUCUAUCGACAGGCCGGUCAAAAGUAAAGAGAAAAAGACGAUCGGAUCUCUGAAGUCUUCGCUAGGAAGGAAAAUUGGUUCUGUGGAGAGGAUAUUGGAAGAUCGGAUGGAGAAGAUAUGGGAGGAGAACGUAGAAAAGCAUCCGUGGUUGGUACCCAUAGAAUGUUGGAUCGCUGACCGAUGCAAACCUUCAGGAACGUAUUCCAUCGUUCAAAGAAGGCGGAGUAGCUUGGACGAGGGAAAAAAAGAGAAUUUCGAUUUUAAAUUCACCACUCCGGAAGAAGCGGGCAACGAGGGGAAGAUAGAGUGCGGGUUCGAGUACUCGAAGAGGCCUGAGAACGAGAAUUGCAAGUUGAAGAGGUCUGAGAACUCCAAGCUGGAGGUUGACAGUGUCUUGGAGGUGAAGGACGCGAAGCAUUACGACCUGUUUGAUAAGCUGAGGGACAAUGUUAAGGAGAAAAUGGAGGACAUUCAUAGGUACUUCCAAAGGACCAAUCGAUUGGCGGACGUAAAUAGACGACUGAAGUCGCAAAUAUGGAGCUCCGUGGUAACGAUUGUUCUCGUCGAGGCGAAGAAUCUAUUACCGAUGGAUAUAGACGGUCUCUCGGAUCCCUACGUCAAGUUCCGUCUCGGUACAGAAAAGUACAAGUCAAAAGUAGUGCACAAGACGCUGAAUCCUGUCUGGUUGGAACAGUUCGACCUGCAUUUGUACGAGGAUCCUUACUUAGGCCAGGAAUUGGAGGUGACCGUUUGGGAUCGAGACAAAAGCCACCAAGACGAUAUUAUGGGACGGACGAUGAUCAAUUUAGCUACCCUCGAACGAGAAACGACUCACAGGCUUUGGCGAGAGCUCGAAGAUGGAUCGGGAAGUAUUUUUCUGUUGCUCACCAUCAGCGGUACUACUGCUAGUGAAACGAUCAGUGAUUUGGCUGCCCAUGAGGAAACGCCGCGCGAACGAGAACAGUUGUACCAGAGAUACGGGUUGAUGAACAGUUUGCAGAGGGUGCGGGAUGUUGGUCAUUUAACUGUCAAGGUAUUCAGAGCACAAGGUCUCGCCGCGGCCGAUUUGGGUGGCAAAAGUGAUCCGUUCUGCGUAUUAGAAUUGGUGAACGCCAGAUUGCAGACCCAGACUGAAUAUAAAACUCUAGCACCUAACUGGCAGAAGAUAUUCACAUUUAAUGUAAAGGAUAUUAAUUCGGUGCUUGAGGUGACCGUGUACGACGAGGACAGGGACCACAAAGUAGAGUUUCUCGGAAAGGUCGCGAUACCGCUGUUGAAGAUAAGAAACGGUGAGAAACGAUGGUACGCGUUAAAGGACAAAAAACUGAGGGGUCGGGCCAAGGGGAAUUCGCCGCAGAUUCUAUUAGAGAUGAACGUCGUAUGGAACGUGGUCCGUGCCUAUAUUCGAACGCUGAAUCCGAAGGAGAAGAAGUAUAUGGAGCCCGAGAUCAAGUUCAAGAGGCAGGUGUUCCUGCGGAAUGUGCUUAGGCUGAAGGCGAUCAUUGUCAUCAUCAUCGACAUCGGGAAGUAUAUACAGAGCUGCUGGGAAUGGGAAAACAAGAUGAGGAGCAUCAUGGCGCUUGUCAUCUUUAUUUUAGGUUGUUUCUACUUCGAGCCCUACAUGUUUCCUGGAGCAGCGUUCCUAAUUUUGUUAAAGUAUUACCUGCUUUACGGAGACGGAAGUGCAUUCAAUCAAUGGGUUUCCGGACAGGUUGCGGUGUUAACCGGCACCCCCUUGUCCCAUCACUCCAACGCCCACUUCCACGACGAGGUCGACGACGGUCCCACCACGCCUGGGGACGACGACGACGACGACGACGAUAAGGACAAAGAAGAGAAAAAGAGUCUGAAGGAGCGGUUGCAGGCGAUCCAGGAGGUGACCCAGACCGUGCAGAAUUCGAUCGGUUACAUCGCCAGCCUCUGCGAGAGGGUGAAGAAUCUGUUCAACUUCACCGUACCUUACCUAAGCUAUCUAGCGAUAAUCCUCACCAUCCUCGGCGCCGCUGUCUUAUACUUUAUCCCGUUGAGAUACCUUAUCCUCCUGUGGGGCGUCAAUAAAUUCUUCCGCAAGAUCAUCCGGCCUCACUCGGUUCCAAACAACGAGUUACUUGAUCUCAUAUCCAGAGUGCCCGAUGACGAGGAGCUUCUCAAUUAUAGGGAGUUGAAGCCUUUGCCGACGGCGGAUUGCGAGAGGGGCCCCUCGGGCAGCCCGGGUUCCUCGAAUUUAACGCGGCGGGAACAGAGGAAGAGGCACAAGGCCGCGUAGCAGCAUGCCCCGCGGCCGGAAGUCGCGGGUCUACGAUCACCGAGCAUCCUGAGGACGGUCCUGAUGCGUAGCAAACGACUACGCAAAGGAUCGCCGGACAACCCGGAUGUGAUCGACAUAGACUGACUGAGAAACGGCCAUGGCCGUUUCCAGACUCGUAGUCCUUCUAGAACUCGGGGGAGGGGGAUUAUUAUUACGUCUUUCUAUCGUUCUCUCGCGUGGUAUGUCUUCGAUGUUCUGUUCCCGGGAUAGUUUCACUCGUUUUGUUCAAAGGUAACUAGACAAGGAAUGAGCGACCCUAAUCAAUUCGAAUUAUUCAUCGGAACUUGUUAGUGACUUUCUGAAAAACAUGAAGUCCAAUGCAGGCUUGCUUCAAUUCACAGAAAAUCGUGUCUGUUACGAAAAGAAUUAAGAUACUUUUAAAUGGGUUUGCUCAAUUGUAUGUACAAGAUUCGUCGAGAGGUAAAAAAAGAGAUCCAGCAGGUGGUCGAGUUCAGAAUACACCAUCUAGUUAUAAGUGAACUGCAGAUAUUAUGCAUUCAUGGAAAAAUAUGAGGAACACGCGUAACGUGCAAAGAUGUGAAGAACAUCGAAUUAAUAAUACACAUCAUACAAAUAUUUUUGAAAAAAAUCUCGAUCUAGCAUUUUUUAAAUUGAUAUUAAAAAUUAUUUUAGCAUAAAAAUCUGCAGUCCGGCAAGCUUUAAAUGGCAUACCACGCAAAAUUGUACACUAUUUACAAUUAGUCUCUCGUUUUGAUAGUCGGGGGCGUAUUUAAAUAAACAAACAUCGAGAAAUUGAACUGUGAGAACGAACGUGUUUCUUCAGUUAGAUAGCAUUUCCGGAUUAAAAAUUAAACGUGGUAGAGACAUUAGUGGUUUUAUCGAAUAUCGGCUACAAAUGGUGCUGAUGCUGCGUGCGAUGAGUCGUCAGGGAAGUCAAAAUUAUUAGGGAAAUAACGCUGCCGUCUAUUUUUAUCAUCCUUGUCGAUCCGUCGCACCUGUGGCCUCCAUUCUAUUCAGAGAGCAGACUAAUAGAUUGCAUAAAACUUGUUUUGGAAAGAAACAAACGUAGAAGUCGACGGGUAAACCACUGGAAAUAGAUAAGUUUAGGUAGAGAGGUCGAGUACUUUAGAGAGACUAGUAAUUUCAGAAAGAGAAACAAAUAGGGCGGUUACAGUUUUGACUUCCCUGGUAGGGAAAGAUUGAAUUGGCGGACAAACCUUCUUGAAAGUAUCCUGUUCGAACAGGAAGGACCGCGUUUCGAGCAUAUCAAGAGAAAACUGUAGAUAUAGCGAGGAACGUGCGUUCGAUUAGCGUGCAUUAGCUAACAAUAUCGACGGUGAAGAGAUACCAUAGUUAUUUCGCAGUGGAACCGCGCUUGGCUUGAAACGAAAUCCUUUAGAAUUUUUUAUUAUGGCGUAUAUACAUACAGUGUCUUUAUUAAUCGAAUAAAAGAUCAUUUAUAUUUUUCCAACUAAUUUAUACAUUGCGAAUGUGUACAAAAGUCAAUAUUUAAUAUUUUUAUUUAUUAUUUAAAUUAUUCUAAGUUAUUCUUUAGCGCUUAUAUGAAUAAGUAUUACGUGAAGUCGUUAGGCAAGAACUGAAUUUUUAUAAUGAAACAGGCACUCGAUUUUUUAUAUAAAUCAAGAGUGGUUCCACUUUAAGGAAAAGAAUCGCGAGAAUAAUUCCCGCCUACGUGUUAUCCUCGUCGAUCAGUUUCGUCCAUCGGUGUCGUAGAUUAUAGCUGCUACAGAAUCGUUACCAUUGACAGAAAGAUAUUAAAAAAAAAUAUAAAAAAAGCAAAAAAAAAAGACGAAUAUAGUUAUUCCGAGACGAGUUCUCGUUUCGAAUGCGAAGAUUCAAGCGAGAACCGUUUCAAGAGCGACGAACGGAUUGCAAGACCAAUUUUAUAAGCCUUAUUCUUACGAAAUUUUACAUGCUGGACAAAAUUGCACAUUUUUUUUAAAUUCUUUUCAUUACUGAGGAUGAAGAGACGCUAUCAAUUGAAUUGAACAAUUUUGUCCGGUACUGUAAUUAAAAUUAAUUAUAAUAUAGAAUGUUUUUAUUGUUCGUGCUACCUCUCGAGUUAGUCUUAACUUUUAACUUUGAUAUAUUUAACUACUCGCGCGCACUGGUCUUCGUUCGUCGUUCCUGAGACCAGAUAUAUUAUUUAUAGCCUUACUGUCGGAACGACGCCGACGUUAUUUCUCUCUUUAAAUAGUAUUUAAUAUUGUCGAAUUCUUCGUUCCAACGCACACGUUUCACACGUUACUUCUCCCCCUACGAAUACCGAUAUUGUUGAACGAAAACCGACAUCUUUACUUGCGAAAUUUACAUUAAAUUUCAAUAAGAAAUUCUAUCAUUAUAUUGUGUUCCUUAAAAUAUCUUGCAGGUUUUUACAGUUGGUCUAUACAAUUUUUUAUAGUAAUUCUUAACAUAAUUCAUCACACAUGAUACUUUCUUAAAUAUUAAUAGUAUUUUGUAUACAUUUUAUAUGAGGAAAUGUUACGGCAAAGAAAAAUGAGCUGUAGUUUAUUAAAGUCAUAGGAUGGAGUAGUUCGCACGUAAAGGUGAUCGGUACGUGAAAUGAUGGAGAGACAGAAGUUUCUCCGACGAGUUUUAUUACUAUUUUUAUAAAUAACGAUAACCAUCGUGAUUAGAUAACGCGCUCUCCGUAGGACUUUCUUCCUCGCGAGUACUACGACUUUUUUUGCAACUGGUUUUUAUCUUCCAGCGAAUCCGCAAUCCGCGGCCCACGUUACUUCCGUGUUAUUUUACCAUCGUUUCCGGUUAAUUACGAGCCCACGAGUUGUCGUAAAAGCAAUAAUUAAAUUUAUGAUGUAGGGUAAUAGAAACUGUCAGGGUGUUCCAUGAAUUAUUACAAUUACCUCCGGUUAAUUUGAUAUCUUUUCGUGUUCGGUGCAAUAUUUCCUGGCUGCACCCUGACGCGUAUAAAAUGCUAUACGAAACAAUUAUCAAAUCGUUGUACUCUUUGAAUCUACUAAAAAAUUAAUAUAAAUUGUUACAUACACUAUACAUAUACUCUAUUUGGACGUACUUGAAAACUAAAUUAUAUCUUUCCUCUUGUGCCACACUUUAGUGUGACUAGCGUACAGAAAUUGUUAAAGCGUCAUCCCAUAGACAAUGCAAAUUUCUUAAUAAAUCAAAUAUGAGAUAUGAUAACACAAAGUCAUUAAGAAAGACAAUAUAAUAAAUGUUGAAGUAUUCAUUUUUACGGAAUAACUGCAAUUUGUUUUAAAGUAAACAAUAUGUAAUUGUUUAUGGAAUGACCUAAUGAUAAUAAAAAUGAAAUUCGUAUUUUUGAGCACGUUUUAAGCAGUCUAUCUUGAUUAAUAGACUGCGGAUUUUUAUGUAAGGCAAAGGAUUUGCAAUGUCAAUUUAGAAAGUAAACUUUAUUUUACCCUUUAAAGUUAAUAACGAGCAUUUGAAUGGUCUCUACAUAUUUCAAUAUCGAAUGCAUUUUUGUAAAUGCAUAAAAUCCGCAGUGUAUAGAUGAAAAAAUUCGUGUGAACGUUUACUAUCCGGGGAGGGAAGUAACGAGUCGAAUUUGAUUAUUCCUAGCCGCGAUUUUACGGUUUCGUGCCAGCCGAACGAUGAGAAAGCCGGUAAGGGUUAAGGAGAGAUCUCGCCGAUCCUUUUUUUCGCUUUCAUAAUUCGAGGCAUUGACAUCUCAUCUUCACUCGCAUGCUCCUAAGGAGAGAACAUUGAACCCUUUGAAACGUUCCGUACUCGGCGUUCUGUAAGAUUUAAAACGACAGUGAUUAACUUCCUUAUACAAUUUUUAAUUGACGACGUCAAUUCAUUCUUUUAUUAUUAUCGUUGAACUGAAACUUCCUAUUUCAUUACUUUUUCGUGCUCUCGAAAAACUUGAAUAUAAAUCGUUGUUGGAUAACACGAGUAGCGAGUCGUGAAAUUGACGAGUCGUAAACGGAAUAGUAAGAGCUUAGUUAUUGAGCGAGUGCUCUUACCAUAAUCUUUGUAAAGAGAGCAGAGGAAACUGUCACCGGAAGUGGUUCGCGCUUCAAAGGGUUCGAACCCUGUUUCACCGUGGGCCUAAAUCGCGAGGCAAACACAAACGAGUACCGAAGUGAAAAUCGUUUACAUAAAUUGACCGCAGAGGGAAACGAUUCAUUUUUCUUUAUGUCAUCUAGUCAACGAAUUCCGCGUUAGCAAGGUUUGUGAUAUUCGACUUCAUUGCGUUUAGCUAUGUGACCAUUGGACGUGUGAUUUAAAAUGUACUUUUAAACAAACGAAAGCGUGUUUUCAAGAUAAUUUAAUUAGUCGUGACGAUUUUAGUUAGACAAAUUGGAAUUGAUAUUGUCAAGUUUAAUUAGCUUUUCUAUUUGUUAGAUUAUUUAAUUACGCAAUGGACAAUCAGAAGCGUAGUUGAUUUCGAAGAUUUUAAAUCACACGAGGCUGCAUUUUGUACAAUCAUUCCCUGCGAUGUUCCUUCCGCUAAAAUCCGGGUACGUUCGAUUUAUUUGUUAGUUUUCACGGUAAAACUUAGCGUAAAUAUUUGUUCAGUCUUAUUUGUUUUCUUUCUUUUUAAAGAACGUAUUCGGUAGAAUUUUGUCACCGGGAGGAUUUCACGCGCAAUUUUCUACUCUUCCAAUUUUGUACUUCCAACGUGUCUGAGGAGGAUUCCUUUCACGAAUUUUCGAAAGACCAUUUCUCUCUGUUCAGCGCGUCUCUCUAUAAAGGAUAAGGGUAGGAGAUAAAAAAAACUCGCACGUUUUUGGAUUUCUGUUCUUUCCGGAGCGCGAAACAAGGACACGUGCAACAAGAGUACACACACUCACGCUCAUUAUUCUCUCGUACACGCACUUUCGAGUUUGCAUGCUCCAGUUUCUUCGUGUUAUAUUAUGAAUCUUCGUUAAAAGUGUUUCUAGCCGUUAAGAGGAACGCACGAGCGAGCGAGAGAUACGAGUGAUCAUUAAAUUUUUAAGAAAAUUAUAUAGAUUUCGAGAAACGCGAUCGGCUGCGACGAUUCGGAGAACCGGAAGAGAGUGCUGAAAGAAUGUACGGACCAAGUCCAGAUCGUACAAUGAGCAAGGGAAAACGAAAUUAAUUGUAAAUUUAAUCAUUAACGUACAUUAAUUAUUAAAUAUUAUAUAUAUGACUGUUGUUUAGAUCGAAUUCUGGAACUUGGUCGUCGUUCUCGACGAGAUGUACUUACGAUAAGAAGUGAUAAGAUCGUUAUUAUAUUCAUAAAAUUAUAAAUAAAGAAAGCUUUUAAUAUCCAAAA